AUGGAGCGAUCGCGUAGAAAUGUGCAGAGUCGUACCUCCAAGCUUGCUGGUGUGCUCGCGGACCUCACUGCAGCAAGGGAGGGCACCGGGAGCAAGCGCGCGUCCACGUUUGAAGUAAAGCAGGAGGACGCUGUAUUCGACGUUGUCGAUGAGGAGCAGUACGAGCAGCUCGUGGCAAAGCGGCGCCUGGAGACAGCUGAAUUUGUUGAGGAGGACGACGGCGGCGACUUCAUGGCUGACGCGGACGACACCCUGUUUGGGGCCCAGGAGGAGGGCGGCGACGGCGGCGACGAGGACGGCGGCGCCGCCGCCGGGCGCAAGCGCAAAGACGGCAAGGGCAAGGACGGCAACCCCUCCAAGAAGAAGGCGGGCGCCCCUGAGAAGGACCCCAAGGCGCGCGACCGCAUGCAGGCCAUGUUUGCCAAGGCCGCGGCACGCGGCGCCGCCGCGGCGGCGGGGCCGCGGCCGGGGGACGCGUGCACCGAUGAGCUAUUGGACGACAUUCUGCAGGGCCUGGGGGGAGAGAAGGCGGCGCCGGCGCCGAGGGCUGCCGCUGCCGGCGCCGGCGGCAACCCCUUCCUGCGCCAGACCGCCGCGCGCACCCAGGCGGUCGCGCCGGCCGCACCGGCGCCCGGCGCGCUCGGCGGGCCGCCGGCGGCGGCGCGGCCGCAGAUCACCAAAACGUUCACGCGGCAGCCGGGCGGGCGCGGUGGCGGGGGUGCCGGGGGUGGCGCGGCUGCGGCGGCGCCGCGGAUCAAGCAGGAGCCGGUGCAGCAGCGGCAGCAGCAGCAGCAGCAGCAGCAGCAGCAGCAGCAGCAGCAGCAGCAGGCGGAUCCGAUGGAUGUGGAGGACUUUGGGGGUGGCGCCUACGACGAGCCGGAGCCCGCGCCCGCGCCCCCACCUGCCGCUGGCGGCGAUGGCGGCUUCUCCUUCGACACGCCAGGCAAGGGCCUGAAACCCGAGCCGAUGGGGUCGCCCACGCCCCUCGGGAAGGGCCGCGCCGUGGGCCCCAGCGGCGGCGCCGCCCCCGCCGCCCCUGCCGCCGCCGCGACUAAGGGCGAGGAGGGCGCCUCGCCGCAGCGUGGCCCCGCCGCCGCGGACGGCGUGGCGGCCAACCGCUCGCGGCUGUUCGCCGACUCGCCGGCGCCGGCGGCUGAUGCGGCGGCCGCCGCGGCGCACGGGUGGCAGGAGGUGUUUGACCGACAAGUCCCAGGCGACGACGGCCUUAAGGACGCUGGCGAUGCGGAGGCCGGCGUCGGCGGAGGCGGCGACGCGGCGGAGGCGGCGGCGGGCCCGCA